AUGGGUCUCUCAGCAAAAUCUGCUAAGACAUUAUAUGGAUUUCGAGACCUUCAUAAACAAGAGGAGAGGAUUAUGGAUGCUAUUGAAACAACAUACAUCAUCAGAAAAACCAUGGCAGAAUUAGCUAAGGCAGAAAGCACAGCAUCUCUUAAUGCACUUGGCAUCCAUGUUCCAGAUGAUUCUGAAUCGGAUUCUGAUAGCAUGGAAGAAUCAGAAUGCUGCGUGUCCAAUGACUUUGAAGAAGAUAAUUCCAAGCAAAGAAACUCCGACAGUGAUGAAAGAAAAAUAAUGGAAUGUAAUGAACAGCCUGACCACACAGCUCAUACUAGCUUGUUAACCGCUGACCAAGCUAACACCAGCCAACCUCUUAAAGAAAGCCAAGGCAUCCAGCUUCUCCCUACACCGAAUCAUAUGUUGCCAAUUCUUCGUAGAAAUAAGCUGAAUUGGUUUGCACUUGUCGAAGAGUUGAACAUUUUAGCUAGGGAAUGUUCUCCAGAAUCAAUUGAUCAACUAUUGACUGAUUUUGCACUUUUUCUGUCAACAGUUGAAGAAAAGAAGUUGAUUGAAGAAUCCAGGCAAGCAUACAUGUACCUUGAAACAGAAAGAAUUAGAUACAAUUCUGAGGAUUCGGAAGAUAUUCAAAGUGAUAGUGACAGCGAUGUUGUAAAUCCGGAUGACUGGCUGAAUAUCACUGAGUUAAAUUCAGAAGCAGCCAAAGAGACGAUUAUUAAACAACGAAAAAUCUACAAGAGAAAGAAAAAAAGAAGAGCUAUUAAAGCAGCAACAAAUGCUCGCCUUCUCCGACAGCGACUGCCAAAUCGAGUAGCUAGUAUUCUUUUAAAAUACCCUAACAUAGGAGAAGAGACAUUUGAGACAUUUGUCAAAGAACGAAAAGUUGGCGCAGACGCGUGGAGAAGAACUGGAGUUCUAACUUUCACUUAUGGUAAGACUUCUCAAGUUUCUGGGCAGAAAGUUACGUACGGUCGGAUCAAGAAGUUCCUUGAAGACAAGUACAGGACUAAUUUUGGUUAUGGUACGAUUGUGCAACUUUGUGUGGCAAGAAAUCGUAGAAGAUUGUCUGCUAAGCGUUACAAAGGCAUAGCUAAAAUAACCUGUCGGAAAGCACGUAAAGGUUUCUCGGUUAAAUUUAAUCCAGACGUGCAUUACAGCUCAGCAAUGUACCGCGGUCUUGAUUACCUGCAGUUAAGAGAUGGUACUAAAUCAUUAACUUUAAAUAGAGACGAUGCUGCUGGUUUCCGACUUGACACAACAUUUACCCACAAACAGCAUGUGUCCUUUUCAAUAUGUGAUGAACCCGAGAAGACAACCAGAUCUGAUUAUCUGAACAAAUACACAUCCAUCUUACAAGUAUCGUCAUACAUGUUUAUGUCUACUGAAACAACAAAGGAAGUGUGCGGUGGAGUGGUAAAGGCUCAUAACCUGUUCGAUAAAAGUCCAGCGCAACAUGCAGCAUAUCUGCAAAUGUUGGAGGAAAAAUCAGAGUUUAAAUCACUCUUUUGUGAUAAACAGGUUGAGUAUGUCCGUGUCGAUGGAGGUUCUGAUGAAUCUGCCUCACAUAAGGAAGAAGGGUUAGACAAGGAACAAUUAGCAAAAAAUUUGGACUUAGCUACGGAUGUUUACAUAAAGAAAGUUAAUGGCGCACCAUGUGCCCAACAACCAGUGACGCUCGUCAAAGGUGCAAGUGGAGUACAUGCAAAGUAUUUGGCAGAAAGACGUCCAAAGUUGCUCACUUAUCUAGGUGGCAAGAAGAUCGAGAAGCAGGCCCUGAAAGAGAACGAUGCAACACUGUACAACUACUUUGAAGAGAUUUGGGGUGUCCGCAAUAGACACAUGGUGAAAAAUCUGUCAAAACCUUACGUCUUCAUGCUACUACCAUGUAAAAUAAAAAAUUGCCCUCAUCCAAAGUGUAAACCCAAUGCAGAGGACUUUGACAACACCUGGUUUCCCACUGGUCCAAAGUUAAACUAUUUUCCCGUACCGAUUGCGGACCCAAAACGACCCUGGGGAGGCCCUUGUGAAAAGUGCAGUGGAAAGUGUGUUGGUCACUAUCUCAACCCAAAAGACCAUUACCUGCAUUACCAAGCACAUGGGGAAAGGGGGAUGAUGUUUAAGCCUCCAUCUGUAGUUGUUUCAGAAGCACGGAUGAGUGCUGAAAGGGAAGGGAGAAGUCUAUCAAGUGAAGAUAUUGUAGAACUAGCAAAGGAAACACUAUUAACUGAGGAAGAACACUAUUAA